CAGGUUUUAUCCCCGAAGACGUGACAACUAUUUCGUGUGAAACAUUUUUGAAGAGGUGACAUUUUCUCAUAGGUAGUUGUUUUAGGGGCACCCUAUGAUGGCGCCCAGUGCCCUUCUGGGGACCGUGUGUCUGACACUGGUCCUCACAGGAUCUCUUGUGGACUCAAGAGCCAAGAGAUCCAAACGACAAGCUUUCGACCCUUUCUCAGACCCAUUCGGACCCGGCGCAGGCGCCGGAAGUUGUAAGCCGAUCCAGGCCCCAACCAAUGGUAACAUCGACUGUGGCGACAAUAUCCCCUUCUACACGUGCACAGCUCGCUGUGACGAUGGUUAUAAAUUCGAAACCAACGACAACAUCAUAGUUCGGGAGUGUGAUUCUUCAUCAGGGGAAUACUUCCCCCUAACCGGGGAAAGUCUUGCCCCCGGGGAAAAACCCACCCUGCCGAUCUGUGAACGUAAGUAA